AAGAUACCAAAAAUAUUUCCGGACUAUAGUUUGGCCCAAACCAUUAACACGCGGCUAUUGGACAGGUUUAGUAGUUUAUCGGAAAUGUUUUGAUGUUUCCAGAACGACGCCGUUUGGAGCGGCUAUCUUACAACAUCGAUAAGCCAGCCACAAUGCCACUCUUCUUCUCCCCCACUCUCGUCUUUUGACUUUCAAGUUCAGUUUUUUCGCAGAAGAGUUUUUUUAUUUUGAAAUUUAUUAAUUUUAUUCAUUUAAUGAUCCUUCCUUCACCUAAACCUCUGUUUCUUCAUUUCAUAUCUCUUCCAACAUCGAAGGGAAAAAAAUAAUUAAAAAAAAUCAAACUUCGAGACGCACUAGAAAUUUUCUAGGGUUUAAUUAAGCUCUCUCUCUCUCUCUCUUUUCUUUAUCACUGAUUAUUGUCAAACCGACGUCGAUUUCAUCUUCGAAGCCCGUCUCGGGGUCACUGCAAUGCAUCGAGUUGGCAGUGCUGGGAACAAUUCCAAUUCUAGCCGCCCACGUAAAGAAAAGAGGCUGACAUAUGUAUUAAAUGACUCUGAUGACACAAAGCAUUCUGCUGGUAUAAAUUGUUUGGCCGUGCUAAAGUCAUCUGUCUCUGAUGGGUGCAACUAUCUCUUCACUGGAAGCCGUGAUGGCACGCUUAAGAGAUGGGCACUGGCUGAAGAUGCUGCCACUUGCUCUGCUACAUUUGAGUCACAUGUUGAUUGGGUAAAUGAUACUGUAAUUGCUGGUGAAAAUACACUUGUUUCAUGCUCGUCAGACACCACAUUGAAGUUAUGGAAUUGCUUGUCUGAUGGGACUUGUACCAGGACUCUUCGUCAACACUCUGACUAUGUUACAUGUCUAGCUGCUGCUGAAAGAAAUGCAAAUGUGGUUGCCUCUGGGGGUCUUGGUGGGGAGGUUUUUGUAUGGGAUAUUGAAGCUGCGGUUACUCCACUCUCAAAGUCCAGUGAUGUAAUGGAAGAUGAUUGUUCCAAUGGUAUCAAUGGUUCUGCAAAUUCAUUACCCGUAUCCAGUCUGCGACCAAUUAGCUCGAAUAACAGUAUUACUGCUCACACAACUCAAUGUCCUGGAUAUGUCCCCAUCGCUGCCAAAGGCCAUAAAGAGUCAGUCUAUGCAUUGGCAAUGAAUGAUAAUGGAUCCCUUCUUGUCUCUGGUGGAACUGAGAAGGUUGUGCGUGUUUGGGACCCAAGAACAGGUUCAAAGACUAUGAAGUUAAGAGGGCAUACAGAUAACGUUAGGGCUCUCCUUCUGGAUUCUACUGGCAGGUAUUGUUUAUCAGGGUCCUCUGAUUCUAUGAUCAGGCUAUGGGACCUUGGUCAGCAGCGUUGCGUGCAUUCAUAUGCUGUGCAUACAGAUUCUGUUUGGGCACUUGCGAGCACCCCAACAUUUACUCAUGUUUAUAGUGGUGGUAGAGAUCUUUCUUUGUAUUUGACAGACUUGACAACAAGAGAGAGUCUUUUGCUUUGCACAAAGGAACACCCAGUUCUGCAGUUGGCGUUGCAUGAUGAUAGUAUCUGGGUUGCAACGACAGAUUCUUCAGUUCAUAGAUGGCCUGCUGAAGGAAGAAAUCCUCAGAAGGUCUUUCAAAGAGGUGGUUCAUUCUUGGCUGGAAACUUGUCUUUUUCAAGGGCAAGAGUUUCCUUAGAAGGGUCUACCCCUGCUGCUGUUUAUAAAGAACCAAUCUUUUCCAUUCCUGGAACUCCAGCAAUAGUUCAGCAUGAAAUUUUAAAUAACAGAAGGCAUGUAUUGACUAAGGAUAGUGCUGGUUUGGUAAAGCUCUGGGAGAUAACCAGGGGUGUUGUGGUCGAGGACUAUGGACAGGUUUCAUUUGACGAGAAAAAGCAGCAGUUGUUUGAGAUGGUAAGCAUUCCAGCAUGGUUCACUGUGGAUACCCGGCUUGGAAGCUUGUCUGUUCAUUUGGACACACCCCAAUGCUUUUCUGCGGAGAUGUAUUCUGUUGAUCUAAACAUAACUGGGAAGCCUGAGGAUGAUAAGGUUAAUCUAGCUCGUGAAACUCUUAAAGGUCUGUUGGCUCAUUGGAUGACCAAAAGAAGGCAAAGACUUGGCUCCCAAGCUUCCGCUAAUGGAGAUGUUUUAUCAGGAAAGGAUAAUACUGCAAGAAGUCUUGCUCAUUCAAGAAUUGAGGUAGAUGGAAAUGCUGAAAAUGACUCCAUGGUCCAUCCUCCUUUUGAGUUUUCUACGGUUUCCCCUCCGUCAAUUAUCUCUGAGGGUUCCCAAGGAGGUCCUUGGAGAAAGAAAAUUACUGAAUUGGAUGGAACUGAGGAUGAGAAAGACUUCCCUUGGUGGGUUUUGGAUUGUGUUUUAAACAACCGGCUACCACCACGAGAAAACACCAAGUGCAGCUUCUACCUUCAUCCAUGCGAAGGUACAGCUGUUCAGAUCCUCACACAAGGGAAGUUAAGUGCACCUCGUAUAUUGAGAAUAAAUAAGGUUGUUAAUUAUGUCGUAGAAAAGAUGGUGCUUGACAAACCAAUUGAUACUGGAAGUACCGAUGGGUCACUUGCUCCUGGACAUGGAGGACAAUUGCAGCAUUCAGCUGUCGCUGAUGGUUCUUUUAAAUCUGGAUUGAAGCCUUGGCCGAAGCCUAGGCCUUCUGUUGAGAUUUUAUGCAAUAAUCAGGUCUUAUCUACAGACAUGAGCUUAGCCACUGUGCGGGCCUACAUAUGGAAGAAACCUGAGGAUUUGGUACUUAAUUACAGAGUGGUUCAAGGCAGGUGAUUUUAUCAACUGCUGGGAGCAGGCUGCAGUGUCUGUUUCGGGAAAUCGAGAUGGAAAUCUCAUACUGUUGUAAAGUGUUGGGAAUUGUAUUUGUUCGUCAGAGGUUUGCCUAUAUCAGAAGCAAAUGUUGGAUCCCAUGUAUAUUUGGAAAGACAAUUGGUUUUCAAUGUGGGGGCGUUCUCCGGGGUUCAACAAGAUGAUCGUUGUUAAAGUCGAGCAGAUGGUAUCAUAAAGUUUUGGUCUUUGUGUAGUGCAUGCUUUCGCCAUACAUCCGAGAAAAAGCUGUAGGGUGGAAAUGCAAGCGGUAGAACGGUUUGCAUACUCCGGGGGACAAUUAGCUGAAACUAAAUUGGGGGGAAAAAAAGAUUAGGCCAUAUGAUGUCGAAGAAAGGUAAUGUAGAUUUGUAUUUUGAGGGUGAUACAAUAUCUAGUCAUAGAAACUGUUGUUACGAAAUUGGUCUUUUUUUUUUUUAUUUGUCCUGGAAAUAAAAAAAGGACUGUUAAUUUGUGUUUUU